ACCGCGCUUUCCUGUUACCGUUAAGAGUUAUUGGCAGUUUCAACGCGGUCAAUUAUGAAUUGUUAGUUUUGUUGAGUGAUGUUAAAGCCUCUUCGUUUAUAACUACCAAAUCAAGCAAUUUAUGAUUUCUUGAUAAUCCCGGCACGCUGGCUGAGUCGUGCUAAUCUUAGCUAGAUGGAUACAGCAGCAUAGUUAACGUGGAUACAAAAUCGUUAGCUGACUCGCGAAACUAGCGUUAGCUAGCUCCCAACCCACCCGAGAAGUAAGCUAAAAGUUACAUUGGAUUUGAUCCCGGCAAACUUUCAAAAAUGCAGGAGCUGCUAGCGACAGUAGAUCACAUCAAAUUUGAUCUGGAGAUCGCCGUGGAACAGCAGCUGGGCGCACAGCCCUUGCCAUUCCCCGGGAUGGACAAGUCCGGGGCUGCUGUCUGUGAGUUUUUCAUGAGAGCAGCCUGUUUGAAAGGUGGGAUGUGUCCAUUCCGUCACAUCAGCGGAGAGAAGACGGUGGUGUGUAAACACUGGCUACGAGGACUGUGUAAGAAGGGCGACCAGUGCGAGUUCCUCCAUGAGUACGAUAUGACCAAGAUGCCUGAGUGCUACUUCUAUUCCAAGUUCGGUGAGUGCAGCAACAAGGAGUGUCCCUUCCUUCACAUUGAUCCAGAGUCAAAGAUCAAAGACUGUCCCUGGUAUGACCGAGGAUUCUGCAAACAUGGCCCAGACUGUAGACACAGACACACACGACGAGUGAUCUGUUUGAACUACCUGGUCGGCUUCUGUCCCGAGGGAAAAUCAUGUAAAUUCAUGCACCCUCGUUUUGAAUUACCAAUGGGAGCCCCUGAACAGCCUCCUCUACCACAGCAAAUCCAAAACCAGUCAAAGCCUGUGCAGACUAUUGGUCGCUCGUCCCUGUCUCUGAUCCAACUGACCAACUCCAGCCCAGGGCCAGGUAAUUAUCAGCGGCCACAGCAAAAUGCAGUGGGUAUGAGUGUUCCAAACAAUAACAUGGGAGGCAACCGAGGACCUCGACCACUGGACCAGGUCACGUGCUACAAGUGCGGUGAGAAGGGUCACUAUGCCAACAAAUGCACCAAGGGACACCUUGCCUUCCUGAGUGGACAGUAGUGUUCUGUCUUCAUGUCCAAACACCCACUGUGAGAUCCAGUCCUGUGAGAUGUGUGCAGAUGUGAUGAAGAAAGGCAGGGAUGAAAGGAAGGAAAGACGAUACAAUGAGAGGAAGUCUCUAGAAUUUUGAGACACAGCUUGUGGUUGAAACACAGUAUUGACUCCCGAGCACUACUGAUAAACUGUCAAACAACACAGGCCAACAGAAGACAUGGGUAAGACACUGGCAUACACUAUCUGCAACAGUCAGCAGUUGUGUAGCGCCUGCUGCAAACAUUUUAUACAUUGUUUGUACUGUACAGACUUUCAAAUAGCAGAACUUUUUAUGUAUCAUGAACAUUACAGCCAAGGUCUUUAUGAAUUCAGCAUCUUAGGAGUGUGUCCGAUACCACCUUGUU